GUGCUGGGCACAACAUAAACCAUAAACACAGAUAAGAGAAGAGUUAGAGCUUUGGGGGCAGAGACAAGUCUGACUAGUCUGACAACUUGUCUCUGCUGGAGGACUAUUUCCAAACCUGUCCUUGUCCUUUAUGUAUGUUCCAAACUCGCAAAUUCAUCCCGGUGAGGGGGUCAAGGUCCACCCAAAAUGUGACUGUGUUUGCGGAACCGCGUAGGAAUUUAGGUUAAGUGGUAGCAUGCUGUCUGUGGGCAAAGUGGCUGUGAGAGGCUUUGCCAGCAAAGCCCCUUGGCAGGAGGUGGCCAUCCCGAUCCCCUGGGGCGAGAUCAGGGGCAAAUGGUGGGGCCCCCUGGACCGGAGGCCCAUCCUGACGCUGCACGGCUGGCAGGACAACAGCGGAAGCUUCGACCGGCUGCUGCCGCUGCUGCAGGAGGAGCAGCGCAGCUUCCUCACCAUUGACCUGCCGGGGCACGGGUUCUCCUCCCGUUUGCCCCCGGGGGUCUACUACGACUUCACGGCCUACAUUCUCACGCUGCAGUACAUCGCGCAGCACUUCCAGUGGCCGAAGUUGUCGCUGAUGGGGCACUCCCUAGGGGGCAUCACCGCCUACUCCUACACCAUGCUCUACCCGCAGCAGGUGGACUUUGUCCUGUGCCUGGACGGCGCCAAGCCCCUGGUCCAGAAGAACCGCAGCUCGCUAAUGGCCAAGAACCUGCAGGCGUUCCUACGCAACAACGCGUAUGCGAUGAGCGCGGAGGAGCCGCCCAGCUACAGUCUGGAGGAGAUGAAGCAGCGCGUGCACCUGCCCAAUCGGCGCUCGGUGGCCGUGGAGUUCGCCCCCUAUUUGCUCUACCGCAACAUUGAGCCGUCGCGGCGCAGCCCCGGCCAGUUCUACUUCACAAGGGACCCGCGGCUGCGGACGGGGGCGCUGAUGGGGUUCCCGCAGGAGGAGAUCGUCACUGAGGCGCACCACAUCACCUGCCCCAUUUUCCUGUGCAAGUCCACGGAGGGCUCCUACUUUGAGGAGAAGGAGAACUUCUACCAGGUGCUGGACGUGCUGAGGCGCAGCAGCGCCCACUGCGACUUUCAAUAUGUGGAGGGCACGCACCACGCGCACCUCAACCAGCCCGAGGGGCUGGCGCCGCAGCUGCGCCAGUUCCUGGCACGGCGCAGCCCUGCGGAGCCCCAAGUCGGCCUGAAUGGGGCGCGCCUCGUAAGCGAAACCGAAGACCCGCGCGUGACCCGGAACGGGUCUUGGGUGACUGACCACAGUAGGUGCUAAGCAUUAUUUACCUACUAAAAAGUGUCUCAGCUGGGGCUCCGCCCCAAGUUGCGGGUGUUAGUGAGACGCUGAUUAGAUCGAUAUUUUUUGUUCA